UCCAAAGAACACGAUUGAUACGGUGCACACAUUUCACCCGUCUUGGUUAAUGGACUCAAACCGAGCUCCAUAAAGCAGGGAGUGUUUCUCAGAAUGGAGAAGACUUUUCAUCACGUGUGAAGAGAGAGCCACUUGAUAUCUCUGGUUCAGAGGACACCUUGCAGUCAUGUACAACAAGGGCUCGGUUUUUCUCAUUAAACCCCAACAAUGUCGGAGAACAUUCUGGAAGAAAUCUUCAUCAAAAGAUCCCAGCAGAAGAAGAAGACCUCUCCGCUCAACUACAAGGAGAGAUUGUUCAUUCUCACCCAGGACAAAAUUUCAUACUACGACUAUGAUCCGGACAAAGGGAAACGCAAAGGUUUACGGGGAUCGGUCGACCUUGAGAAGAUCAAGUGUGUUGAGACGGUGCUAGCUGAACCCAACAGUCCACCGGAGCGCAUGUUUGCCUUCCAGAUCAUUUAUGAUGAGGGGCCACUUUACAUCUUCGCGAAGACAGAAGACAUUCGGGCUCGGUGGAUAAAGCAGCUGAAAGGCAUGGUGCGUUACAACAAGGACCUGAUGCAGAAGUACCACCCCUGUUUCUGGGCGGACGGGAUUUGGCUCUGCUGUCAGCAGGAAGUGAAACAAGCGAUGGGGUGCAAGCCUCUGGAUAGCAAGAAUGGCUUCGCAGCCAAAACGUCCAAGCAAAGAAGUUCCUGGAAGCCGCUGCCCCCGACGCCGACCGAGGACAAGCCUACUCGGCCUUUACCGCCAGAACCACCGACGCCUCCGGGCCCGUCAGUGGGCAUGACGGUGAUAGCAGAGUAUGACUACACAGCCAUGACCGCACACGACCUGGACCUGCGGAAGGACGAGGAGUACAUCAUCCUUGAAAUGAGCGACACCAACUGGUGGAGAGCGAGGGACAAAUACGGGAAAGAGGGAUACAUACCCAGUAAUUACGUUGUGGAAGCUGGAAACGGACUGGAGCGAUAUGAUUGGUACUGCAAGAACACCAACCGGAGCCUCGCAGAGAAGCUGCUGAAGAACGAAAACAAGGAUGGUGGCUUCUUGGUGCGAGACUCCAAAGUGGGGAAGUACACCGUGUCUGUGUUCAGCAAAGGUGGUGGAGAGCCCACUGGAAGCUGCAAACAUUACAACAUCUGGACCAACGCACAAGGAUUGUAUUACCUGGCAGAAAAGCACAACUUUCCCACAAUCCCAGAGCUCAUCACGUACCACCAGCACAACGCAGCAGGUAUGGUCAGCAGGUUGAAGUACAUUGUAUCCAACCGGGCGCGACCACCAUCUACAGCUGGACUUGGAUAUGGUGUGUGGGAGAUCGACCCCCUUCACCUGACCUUUAUCAAAGAACUUGGCAUCGGUCAGUUUGGGGUGGUGAAGCACGGGAAAUUGCACGGCCAACAUGACGUGGCCAUCAAGAUGAUCAGAGAAGGCUCCAUGUCCGAGGACGACUUCAUAGAAGAAGCCAAAAUCAUGAUGAAGCUUCGCCAUGAGAAUCUGGUUCAACUUUACGGCGUCUGCACCAAACAGAGACCUCUUUACAUCGUGACUGAGUUUCUGUCCAACGGCUGCUUGCUGACGUAUCUGAGGGACGGUCUGAAACAGCCCCUGACCCAGGUGCAGCUGCUGGAGAUGUGUAAAGAUGUGUCCGAAGGAAUGGCCUAUCUGGAGUACCAGCAGUACAUUCACAGAGACCUGGCUGCCAGGAACUGCCUAGUAGACAGCAACGGUACUGUCAAAGUUACUGACUUUGGAUUGUCGAGGUACGUUUUAGACGACGAGUACACCAGCUCAGUGGGAUCCAAAUUCCCGGUCCGCUGGUCCCCACCUGAAGUUCUCCUCUACUGUAAAUUUAGCAGCAAGUCCGACAUCUGGGCGUACGGGGUUCUGAUGUGGGAGGUGUACACUCUGGGACGGCUUCCUUAUGACCGGCUGAACAACACAGAGAUCGUGGAUCAAGUGGCCCGGGGCUAUCGCCUCUACCGGCCGCAGCUGGCCUGUGAAAGAGUCUACAGCAUCAUGUCCAGCUGCUGGAUGGAUAAAGCAGAGGAGCGACCCACCUUUCAGGAGCUGGUGCUCACCGUGCAGGAUUUACUGUAUGACCUCCAGUAGACGUCCGGACUCAUCCAGAACAUCCCGGGACUCUGCACACAAUAACACACACAACAAUGAGACAAAACCUGAGAUUUGAAAAUGUGGAUCAGUGUCACGUAAAGAUACAAUAUGUCGGCAUGAAUAGAAAAUCUAUAAAGCUUUAUGGACUAUUAUGCUUAUAUUUUCUUGGAAUAACUGGUAUAUUGAAUGUGAAUUGUGUCUAAAUGUUAUCUCACAAAUAAAAAGCCAAGUAUGCUUCA